AUGACAGACUAUAACGAAGAGCAAAGAAAUGAACUAGAAGCAAUUGAGUCGAUAUACCCAGACUCGUUCACAGAAGGGUGGAUUUACUCCUGUGAAUUCCUUAAAAUUGCAGUGCUUUCGGAGGAUCCCAUCAGCUUCACUAUUACUGUAACGUCAGACGCGGGGGAAAAUGGUGAAACUGUAGAAGCCACUUUAAAGUUUACAUAUGUAGAAAAAUACCCUGAUGACCCCCCACUGUGGGAGGUCCACUCCCAAGAGAACCUGGAAAACAGUGAUAUGGAGGACAUUCUCACAAUACUAAAGCAACAGGCAGAAGAAAACCUGGGAAUGGUGAUGAUUUUUACCUUGGUGACAGCUGUGCAGGAAAAACUCAACGAAAUUGUGGACCUGAUGAAGACCAGACGAGAAGAGGAGAAACUGCGGAAAGAGAGGGAGGCGGAGGAAGCAGAGAAGGUAGCAUUUCAGGGCACAGUGGUAACAAUUGAGAACUUCCUGGCAUGGAAAGCCAAGUUCGAGCUAGAAGUGGCUGAAAUCCGACGGAAAAAACAGAAAGAGGAAGAGCAAUCGGGCAAAGCAAAACUCACAGGCAAACAACUGUUUGAGAGGGACCACAAUCUGGACACGUCAGACAUCCAAUUCCUUGAAGACGCUGGAAACAGUGUUGAGGUGGAUGAAUCAUUGUUCCAGGACAUCGACGACUUGGAUUUGGAGGAUGACGACCCAGACUUUGACCCUUUGGAAAUGGGCAGUGAUGAGGAUUAA